AUGGCUGGCUGCCGAAUUCUAGGGGACGCUGCCGUUCAUGAGAUCUUAAUCGGUCUGUCCAGGUCUGACGUAAAGCUGUUCCAGAACAAGCUGCAGGAGUCUCUGCGCCGAUAUUCAGUCGAGGAUGAACGCAAGUAUCAGCCAGACGCAGGCAUCAUCAACAGGCCGAGCGGCCAGAAGACGUUAUUUCGACCUUUCACGUCUCCAUCGUCGGUCGGCACCAAGAUCAUUGUUCACCCUGCGCCAGACAGAGUCUCAAACACCCAACAGCCGCUUCACGGUGUCAUAGUUCUGUGCGACAAUCACGGAAUCCCCACAGGCUUGAUCAACGCUGAAGAGGUUACUGGCUUUCGUACCUCCUUGAGUGCUCUCAUUCUGUGGACAUGGCGAAAGUACACGGAUUCAAUUCUGGUCUUUGGAGCUGGCAAGCAAGCCUUGUGGCAUAUUCGCCUAGCUUUGGCUUUGCGAGGAGAGGAAAUACAGUCCGUUACGGUAGUGAAUCGCAACCUUGGACGAGCAGACCAGCUGGUCAAGCAGCUUCAGGAGGAGAAUGCUGGUCGGUGGAAAUCUGAGGCAAAGCUUGAGAGUCUCGAUCCCAACGACAAGUCACUUCUGCAGAGCAAAUUAGCCGAAGUGGAUGCUGUCUUCUGCACGGUACCCUCAGAGGACAUUUUGUUCCCAAAGGAAGACCUCUCUCUCGACUCGCGCAAACGAGCUCCGUACAUCUCUGCUAUCGGCUCCUGGCAAUCCCAAAUGAUUGAACUGGAUCCAGCGUUACUGAAGCAUGUUGCCGAGGACGACCGCACUUUCAACCUGAGAGAUGAAAAGGGAGGCCUGAUAAUUGUGGAUGAUCGUGAUGCUUGUCUACAUCACACUGGCGAGGUCUUGCAGAGUGGUCUUGCCGCCAGAAGUUUGCUGGAGCUUGGUGAGGUCUUGGAUCUUCAAAAUCAGGACGAAAGCGAGUCGCAGAAGCGAGAGAAGUUCACAACAUGGUUGGCUAAUGGUCUAAUCGUGUAUAAGAGUGUCGGAGUCAGUCUGACUGAUCUAGCACUUGGCGAGGCGAUACUCGAUAUAGCCAAGCAGCGUGAAAUGGGAACACCUAUCUCAAACUUUUAG